CCGUCGUUCUGAAAACAUCAUCCCUUAUCAUCAUCAUCGUAAAGUGUUUUUUUUUAUUUUUAAAAAAGUGAAACAUAAUUAAAUCUUACCUAACAAAGAAACGUCUUGAAAUGAAAGUUUUCCUGCUUUGCGUGCUCGUUGCAGGAGCACUUGCGACGAAUCCCCCGCGAUGGGAUCCCGUUCACAGCGUUCGUGGCGUCUUGUAUAUCCCAUAUGCGGAGAUUGAGGAACCUUUUGAGGCAUGGUAUGAUUCGCACACGGGACGUUCUCGCAUUGACUAUUACGGAGGAAUGGUUAAAACUUAUCAAUUGGCGAAAGAAUUUAACUAUGGAACAUUAUUGAAAGUCGCCCCCAUCACAAACGAUCGCGUUGAGAACCAACAAACUUGCUUACAAGUCAAUGGAACAUCCGACAACGAAGUUUCCAUUCAAUCCAUCCUUCCAAAUGCCAAAAAUUUCUCCCUUGUCGGCACCGAGCUCUUCAUGGGACACAAAUGCGACAAAUUCCGCUUGGAAGAAACGAUCGGAGAGAAGCGCAAUGUUUAUACUUUGUACGUUCGUUACAAAAAAUCCCCGAAAUAUCCUUCGUCUCGCAUGCCAAUUCCCGUCAGAUACGAGAUGCGUGGCUACAAUUCCCUCUUGGGGUCUCAUUUCGAUCAUUAUUACUUGGAUUACGAUGCGUACAGUCACGAAGACAUCCCCAACGAAGUUUUCCAAGUCGAUGUCACUGAACCUUGCAUCAGUUUUCCGGGUCCGGGACACAUGACAACGUUCAAUCCUGCAGCUGAGUUCGUUCAUCCGCACUUGGAUGAUCACAUUACGAGCGAAUUUAAUCGUUUCAAGGGCAAACAUCGCAAAUCUUACGACGGCGAAGAGCAACAUGCGCAACGAAAACACAUUUUUACGCAGAAUUUGCGUUUCAUUCAUUCGAAAAAUCGCGCAGGCCUUGGAUAUUCGCUCGCUGUCAACCAUUUGGCGGAUCGCACGGAAGACGAAUUGCAAGUUUUGCGUGGAUUCCGUUCCUCAAAACCCUCCGGAGGCAACGGAGGAAAGCCUUUCCCCGAAGAAUUGCUUCGCUCGAAGGAUCAUUUGCCCGAUCAAUGGGAUUGGCGCAUCCUCGGAGCUGUGACGCCCGUAAAAGAUCAAUCUGUGUGCGGUUCAUGUUGGAGUUUCGGCACCAUUGGACAUGUCGAGUCUGCGUAUUUCUUGAAAAAUGGCGGAAAUUUGGUGAGAUUGUCGCAACAAGCCUUGGUCGAUUGCUCGUGGGAGUUUGGAAAUAACGGAUGCGAUGGCGGCGAAGAUUAUCGCGCGUAUCAGUGGAUCAUGAAAGUCGGCGGAGUGCCAACGGAAGAAGAGUACGGAGGGUAUUUGGGACAAGACGGAUAUUGUCACGUGAAGAAUAUGACAAAUCUCGUUGCACCGAUCACGGGUUUCGUGAAUGUUACGUCGGGAAGUGAAAAUGCCUUCAAAGUUGCGUUGUUCAAGAAGGGACCGUUGUCUGUGGCAAUUGAUGCUUCGCCUCGUACUUUUACUUUCUAUUCGCAUGGAGUUUAUUAUGAACCUAAUUGCAAAAACGACUUGGAUGGACUUGAUCACGCAGUUUUAGCAGUCGGUUAUGGCGUUCUCAACGGCGAACUUUAUUGGUUAGUUAAGAAUUCAUGGAGCAACUAUUGGGGCAACGACGGAUACAUUCUCAUGUCGGCUCGCGACAACAAUUGCGGUGUCAUGACAUCGCCUACUUACGUUGAAAUGUAAUUUUUUCUUUUAAAAUAAACGAUUUUUCUUAGAAUUUUCAUCACA